GCCGCGAACAGCGAACACGGACUCUGCCUCGUCUCCUCUGCCCCCAGUCUCUUGCUUGAAAUGUCGCAGGGAACACCGCUACGAAGAUCGACGCGCGGACAGCCAGUGCCCACUCGAGCACCUCUCCAGUCUUCCGGCGUCGCCGACGCGCCUUCCGGUGAACCCGUCUUUGAACGUGAAGCCACCCUGUCGGAUCUGUACGAGGAGGAACGGGACGACGAGGACCUUGACCUGUCGACCUGCAGGACACGAUACUACGCGCAGUUUACGAGGAGAAACGUCGUGGCAGUGCGGCGCGCGGUCAGGGUCUACGGACGGGCGAACAAAGCCAAGGGCAAGGAACGCGUCUUCGGCGACGAGGCAGCUGAGAUUUUCGAGGUUGGAGAUGCGGUAUCCGUGAGGACGAUGUCAAGGCAAGCUAGCAUCGCUGUGAUUGUGGCCGUCCUGGCGGUCGCCGCAGAGGGCGGGACAGACGAGAAGGGCUGCAGGGUCCUGGUGCAUUGGUUCAACAGGCCAUCCGAACUCCCUGCUGUCCGCGCACGCAGAGAGUACGAGGAGAAUGAGAUCUACUAUUCCUUGACAUCAACCGCUCUACUUCCUCCGUCCAACAUCAUAUCCAGAUGUUCAAUAUCAUCCAGUCGAGCUGGACCUUCGUCGACCAAACGGAAGCCCGUCUACGUACACGAGGAGACAGAAAAGUCUGUUUUCUAUUGUGCCUCCGCGGUUGACCCUCGGCGUGGGCUGUUCUAUGCACUCGAUUGGGACGGUUUCCGGCAGGACGCACUGAGGCGUGAUGGUCUACGGAGCGGCAGCGUCGACGCGUGGAAUGUUGUCGUUGCCGAUGAAGAGCCCACCGGCAAGAAGGACGUCACCAAGAAGAGGACACGUGUGAGGCCUUCUCGGAGGACAAGCGACGGCAGCGACGACGAGGCUGUCGAUCGACUGUUGAAGAGACGAGUUCGCGAGACGGAGGAGGAGUCCGACGCAGGAGAUAGCUCUUUCGAUGUUGCUCUCAACGACCAGCAUACGAGUGAAGAGGACAUUGAGGAGGAUGAGCUGGAAGAACGAUUCGUUCCGACGACGCCUCGGAAGCGGAAACGUGGUGCAGGGGCACCUGGCACGCCGCGUACACCACGCACUCCCCGCAGGUCUCGACCCACGAAAGAACUGCUCGUUCAACCGACACCGCACUCGAAGGCCGCACUCAGGAAACGCAAGCGCACCGCCCUCGCAGUUCGUCCGCCGCCGCCAACGGAUGCAGGCGUCAGCUUACAGCUGGAGGCGCAACUUGGACUGGCGGCGAGCAAGGAUCCGUGGUUGCGCUCAAUGCAUGUCCUGCAUGUCGCCGCCCGUCCGGAGGCCCUACCAUGUCGAGAGGAUGAGUACGGACGAAUCCUGCGUUCGGUGGAGGAGCUGCUAGAGGAGGGCAGCGGAGGAUGUAUCUAUAUAUCUGGCGUGCCUGGCACAGGCAAGACUGCGACCGUCCAUGCGGUAGUUCGGGAGCUGAAGCGUAUGGCAGAGCAGAACGAAGCAAAUCCGUUCACAUACGUUGAGAUCAACGGGUUGAGAAUACCAGAGCCCGCUGCGGCAUAUGGGCUGCUCUGGGAGGCCGUAUGUGGCCACGACGUCUCUCGGGAGGGACACAUGAAGAUCAGCUCGCACCAAGCACUCAAGUCGCUCCAGAAGCACUUCAGCGCGGGCGAGCGUGCUGGGCCAGGCGGACACGCAUGCGUCGUACUUAUGGAUGAGCUCGAUCAGCUUAUGACGAGCAAGCAGGACGUGGUAUACAACUUCUUCAACUGGCCGACGCUAGUUGGUUCGAAGCUUGUCGUGCUAGCUGUAGCGAACACGAUGGACCUGCCGGAGCGUGUCAUGACAGGCAGAGUUAGGAGUCGUCUCGGCAUGACACGCAUCAACUUCCAGCCCUACACUACCCCACAGCUAGAGAAGAUCGUUCGCGCCCGACUGCAGAGCGCGAAGGAGGGCCUGCCAACGGACACGCCCGACGUCAUGGCCCCCGACGGUGUAAGAUUUGCGGCGAUGAAGGUGUCCUCCAUCAGUGGCGACGCGCGUCGCGUACUCGACAUCUGCAGGCGGGCGGUGGAACUCGUCCAGCCACGCUCAAGGACGGCGCGGACGGACGACGUGAAGGAGGUCAUCAAGAGCAUGCAGAAUAGUCCGACUGCGGCGUACCUGCGCGAGCUGAGCUUUCACGAGCGCCUCAUGCUGGCCGCGCUCCUUAGGUGCAUCAAGCGAGAGGGCGUCGAGGAGAUUAAGUGGGGAGAGCUUCAGCACCAACACUGCGUAUACAUCAGCUUGUUAGCUGGCGAAAAUGACACUGUGCGCAGACCAGGACCCGGGGAGCUAAGAGUCGUCCUUGACUCACUCGUGGCGUCUCACGCGCUGCUCUGCGAAGAUGGCGCUGCGGUGUCGCGCCGACCGGAGGACGACCGGCGAGUCGCCCUGAACCUCGAACAUGCUGAGGUGGAGAGGGUUCUUGGAGAGGUCGGCGGCGUGCAAUGGAAGAACACUCUGAGCGUGUAGCUGCAUGUAUGUUAUGUAAGUCAUCUUGCAUGUCGGACAUUCGUUGGGAUGCACACUACUUGUGUCCGUGGCGCGGGCGCUGUCGACCGUCUUCGU